ACUAAGUGGUUUAAAUUUUUUUGCUUAAGAAGAUGAAAAAUGGAGCAUCUAUGAGAAUUUGAACCUUUUACACGGCUGCUUUUGGAAAGUGGAUAAUUAUUGUUGUUGAAAAUUUUCACACCAUUGUUCUUAUUGUAUGGUAACUAAUUUGUAAAUGGAAAAAAGUUGAAUUAUUUACUUGAUUUAUUGUUGCAUCGGUUUGGUUUGGUCUGGAUUUGGCUCAUUAUUUACUCAGAAUGGAGCCUCUAGUCCCAACGUUAACCCCCUUGUUAGAUUUGAUAUAAUGAGAAAUAUGAAAUUUACUGUUACUAUCCUGGUUUGGGAUAAUCUAAUCUCAUAGGCAAACAUGUGAGAUUGUUGUUUUCUAGUGCCAGAUUUUUUUUGUUAGCAUAUAUGGCAUGAUAAUCAAGUAGACAAAUAUGUGUGACGCAAGAUAAACGUUACCGUUUUCUCCUUAAACAUGUCGCUGCAUAGAGCCUUACAUAUGUACAGAGUAGUGUAAAGUAUAAAGAGUGAGAAGGAAUUAUCUUAGUUUGCAUCUCAUUAGAGUAGUUGAAGCUUUGGGGUGGUUGUCAAACCGCCAAAUUCUUUAAAUUCAGAAGGCUGUGGAAUUGAUUGAAAUGAGAAACUCUCAAGUCAAUGAGGGAUAUGGCUUUGCUGAUUAUGCUCAGGCACCAGAUGCAUUACCGUCUUUGGCAGCUAUCAAGUGUCAGUCGCAUGUUCUUGGAUUGCCAGCUUUCUCCUCUUUUGCUAAUUCACCAUCAUCUCUACAGCAAGGAAGUGACUGCAGUUUAUCACAGAUGUACUAUCAACAAUCACAAUUUGAGGAAAUGGCAUUUUGGCAGUCAUUACAGAAGCAGCAAAAUAACAUAUCGCUACCAGGCAGCUUCCAUUCUGAGCCACCACAGCAGCAUCUCAGAUUCGAUGAGCCUCUAAAGUCAUCACACAAGCAGCAUAUGGAGCCACCUUGGAGCAACCAUUCUCAGUCUGAACAGAAGCAUCCUAAUUUCACUGAGUUUCCACUGAAGAUAGGAGACCUACAUUCCCAAGAAGUUCCUCAUGCCAUCAGCCCCGCAUCACAUGAGUCGCCGUCACAGCGGUUAGUUCUUCCUGACUUGAGGAUUAAUGAAGGAAAAUCUGUUAGCCAGAAGUCUUCAUCAUUUACUGGUGGACAGUAUUUCCCUGGAAGAGCUUCUUACAAGGGGAAAGAAAAGGUAACUUCGUUUUCAACCACUGUAGAAAACUUGACAUCUUCAAUGAAUCAACAACUAGCUCCAGAAUUGUCCAGGACCAGGGGUCCAUCAAAUGCCUUGUAUUCUGCAAGUUCAGAGCUGGAAUUCACGCAUCAGACUCGACCCAUGAGAAGUGAUAUUACAUCAGAUAUAGGAACUGAGGAUUCGGCAAGGAAUUCCCUAAGGGAACUCAUGGAGGUGCUAAAAGAAUGUAGCCCGCCAGGACCAGAUAUUGCUGAUUCAUAUGGGGACUCUAUUGGGCCAUUGUUUGAUAUCCCUUAUUUUUCCAGAGUCACCUGGUCUUCUGGCGUGCCAAAUCCUGCUAGCAGUUUGAAGAAUUUCAAGGGUUUGUACUCUAGAAAAGGCAAACCAGUACUGAACUCGAACAAGAGAAGACGGCUUUAAAGAUUGGUGAUCCUCUAGCUGGUAACAAGUUCCACCUUUCUUCUGGUGGACAUAUUUUGAAGCUUUUUGGAACCAUUAGCACCCAGACUUUUAGUGCUUAUUCAAAUAAAAUGAAUUUUCUUUUCUUUUAAACUCUGUUUUAGCAAUUUUAUGUGUCGUGUGAAACAUUGUCUAUGUUUUCAUUGGUUAUGAGCCAUUGAUCAAUGUCAGAAGUUAUUUUUAUAGAA